AUAAUUUUGUUGUAGCUGACCAAAGGAUUGGUGGUUCGUGGUCAUCAACUUGGCUUUGAAAUGUUGGAUAGGCUCAUUGAAUGGUGCUACACAGAUGAUCUGGGAUCUGAAGCUGCUACUGGAAUUGCAGUCAUAUUACAUCAAGAUGAGAUGAUACUCAAUCGCAAAUCUCAUGCAACUAUUUCAAUACUUUAUCGCCAACGCAUCUUUCAUCAUUGUGCUCCAAGGUUGAUUGCUCAUCAAAAUGAUCUUUACUGUUUGGUUGCCCUUUCACAUAUUCUCGUCCAUACUCCAACACAAGUGCCAGCAUCUGAAAUCUCAAAGUUGCUCCCAGCGAUGACUCAGGCAUUACGUACCGUAGAUCAUGAAGAACUAGUAUUAUCAAUGAUGGAAGUAGCACAAUCUAUAAUACCAUUUGAAAACAGCAAUGAUAGUCAACAAUUGAAUUCAUUAUUGGACGCGUUAUUGGCAUUAACCAUCGAUCAUGACAAGACGAAGAUACGACGAAAUGCAUUACGAUGUCUUUCUCGCUAUGCACAGGUUGCGCAAUCAACAAAAAAAAUAGAAAUGCUCAGGCUGUAUGUUCCAAAAGUGAUUAAAAGGUUAGGAAUGGCUUUGGAUGACAAGAAACGAUUGGUACGGAAAGAAGCUGUAGAUUGUCGGGAACAAUGGUACAUGCUUUUACUGCUCCUUGAUAAUGGAAAGUAGACUUUAUUCUCAUGUUAUAUGGAUCAAGGAUAAUUUAUAGUAUCUUUAGUGUAUAUAGUUAUAGAUUUAAUUUUAAAAUACAAAAGGAAAACAAAAAUAAUACCUUAUCAAUAAAUAAUAAAUGAUGAUCAACC